AUGAAGAAACAUCUCACUUUAUUGGUGGCCAUAGCCAUGAUCAUCAGCAUGCAUUCAUCAGCAGCAUCGCUCGUCACCUUCGUAUUUGGUGACUCGUUGACCGAAGUUGGGAACAACAAUUACCUCCAACUCUCACUUGCAAAGUCGAACUACCCACAUUAUGGAGUCGACUUUAAUGGCGGGAAACCCACCGGGAGAUUCACAAAUGGGAGAACUAUAUGCGACAUUAUAUCCGCCAAGCUCGGAAUUCCGUCCCCACCUCCAUAUUUGUCAUUGUUGCCUGCAGACGAUGCAAUUUUGAAAGGGGUGAAUUAUGCGUCCGGUGGAGCUGGAAUACUCAACGAGACGGGGCUUUACUUUAUACAGAGGUUGUCGUUUGAUGAUCAGAUAAAGAACUUCGGGACGACAAAGCAAUGGAUGAGGAAUAAGAUUGGAGAUGAGGCAGCCAAUAAGCUUUGCAAUGGAGCUUUUUAUUUCAUCGGAAUAGGUAGCAACGAUUAUGUCAACAAUUUUCUACAGCCAUUUUUACCAGAUGGCCAACAAUACUCUCAUGAUGAGUUCGUGGAGCUCUUGAUCUCAACCUUAGGUGAACAAAUCACGAGGCUUUAUCAACUUGGUGCAAGAAAGAUGGUGUUCCACGGGCUCGGCCCACUCGGAUGCAUUCCUUCCCAAAGGGCGAAAUCGAGCCGAGGGCAAUGCCUAGUCAAUCUGUGGGUCCAGCAAUUUAACUCCAAAGUUCACAACUUGAUUGCUACUCUAAAUGCUCACCUUCCUUCCUCACAAUUGAUAUUUGCCGACACUUACACAGCAGUCUUGGAUUUAAUCGAAAAUCCUUCUUCAUACGGUUUUAAGGUCUCAAACACAGCAUGCUGCAACACAGAUACAAGACUGGGAGGGCUUUGUCUUCCCAACUCGAAACUAUGUAGCAACCGCAGUGAAUAUGUGUUUUGGGAUGCUUUUCACCCAUCAGAUGCCGCAAAUGCCGUGCUAGCGGAACACUUGUUUAACACCAUACUGCCCAAAUCUCCGUAA